AUGACUGAAUACGGUAAGCUCUUCGUCCGUGGCGACAGCAAGAUCUUCCGUUUCCAGAACGGCAAGUCCGAGUCUCUGUUCCUGCAGCGCAAGAACCCCCGCCGCAUCUCCUGGACUGUUCUGUUCCGUCGCCAGCACCGCAAGGGUAUCUCUGAGGAGGUUGCCAAGAAGCGCUCUCGCCGGACAGUCAAGUCUCAGCGUGCUAUCGUGGGUGCUUCUCUCGAUGUGAUCAAGGAGCGCCGGUCUAUGCGCCCCGAGGCGCGUGCUGCCCAGCGCGCCGCCCACCUGUCGGACAUCAAGUCCAAGAAGGCCGAGGCUGAGAAGGUGAAGAAGGCCGAGAAGGCCAAGAAGGCUUCCGCUGCCGCCAAGGGCCAGGCCCAGCGCAGCAUCCAGAGCAAGCAGGGUAGCAAGGGUGCGCAGACGCGGGUGGCCCCUAACACCCGUUAA